AUAAAGCAUGAGAACCAGGAAAAGGACACGUGUCUGCGGGGAAAAGGACAGCUUGGAAAACCACAAACUACCUGGAAGGACCUGACCCUGUGCUGGCAAUGGCCUCUCAAGCUGUGAUUACGGUCCAACCCCAGUUCUCAGUUGCCCGACAGCCAGGGCAGUGGCAGACAGGGCUGCUGGACUGCUGCUCUGACUGCGGCGUGUGUCUUUGUGGGACGUUCUGCUUCUUCUGCUUGAGCUGCCAAGUGGCCGGGGACAUGAAUGAGUGCUGCCUGUGUGGCUCCAGCGUGGCCAUGAGGACCCUGUACCGCACCAAAUACAACAUCCCGGGCUCCAUCCUGGGAGACUUUUGCUCCAUGUGGUGGUGCAGCCCGUGUGCGCUCUGCCAGCUGAAGAGAGACAUCAAACAGAGGAGGGAGAUGGGCAUAUUCUGAUGCUGCCAUCUUCAGUGCACCCUGUGGAGCCACUGCAGACAGGAGCUGCUGCUGCCCUGGAUUGUCUCCCUGAGGAUCAGGCCUUUCAAUAUUGUUUUCACAAGUUCUAGACACUAGUAACUAUAAACAUAGGUGUUUAUACAUUCCAUUAAAGAUAGGUCUUUUGAUGGAUGUCUCUCACGGCCAGUGCGGUAGGGAAGGUGUUAACCUGACUAUCCAAUCUGUGGUCAUGGUCAAAAACCUGUAAAUACUGAAAGAACAAAUAAACGUUUCUUCUUCUUUCACCACA